AAAAAUAGCUGGAUCAGUUAGUUGAUCCGUAAUUUUGUAGAAAGAUAUUUCUACAUAUUUUUCAUAUCGUAUCAUAUGCAUGACAGAGCAUAACAAUCAUUUUCUUCCCAUAUUUGCCAGAAUCUGUCGCCAACCAGCAGCCGACUUGAUUCAAUUGACGUUUUCAUCUUUUCUCAUUUUUCAUUUGUUAAACAAAGCCUGUUAACCCAGUAGUAUAUACAUUCAAAAAUCUUCUGGAAUGUUUUUCUUAUUAUAAUUAUUAUUAUUAUAUUUUUAUUAUUGAUAUGCAGUACGAAACAAUGACGUAAAUAAAUGUUGAAAACUCUUCUUUUAGAUAGUAGAGCACAAGGGAGCAUUUUGUAAAACUUGCCACAGAGUAAACUCAGUUAAAUGAAAUCUUCAACUUGAUACUCCUCUCUUUAUACCAGUAAUUGGAAUAUAACACCUUCAAUGGAAAUAUAAAAGGACCACAACUGAUGAUUGUAGACUAAAUGGACCGGCAACCGCUAUACUUAUUAGCUGAUGAUGCAAAAAAUUCUACGCUGAGAUCGAGGAUAGUUCUACCAGAAUAUUACGUAAAAGAGAUCAGACCUCCAUCAAAGCAAGGACUGCCGGUGAUAGUGGAUUUCAACAUUUUCGUAGCUGAUAUCAAUUCGAUAAAUGUCGAAGAUAUGGAUUUCCGAGUGGACAUGUUCGUCCGUCAGAGUUGGAUCGAAUCUCGACUGGACAUGCCAGAAAAUAUUUUUGAGGAAGGUGAUGAUUACGUGACACUGCCUCCUGAAUUUUUCGACAGUUUAUGGCAGCCAGAUCCUUAUUUUUUAAACGCAAAAGUUUCCGAAAUUGCGGCGCUAAAUCACAAAUUUUCCUCAGUUACAUUGUACAGAAACAAAACGGUCAAAUACUCGGCUAGAAUGCAUGCCAUUAUCGCCUGCCAAAUGGAAUUUCAGCUUUAUCCAAUGGACAUACAAAUUUGCCCCAUUUAUAUAGAGAGUUUUUCAUAUCACAAAAACAAGGUACGAUUGAGAUGGGGUGCGGGUGAUGUGACCGUAAAUCCAGAACUGAAGCUCUUACAGUACGAUAUCGGUAAACCAGUAGUUACCGAAGAAACUGUUGACUACAUGCCUGAGAAAAGUGGUAAUUUCUCUCGAUUGGUAGUCUUCUUUCGAUUUGAAAGACAAAUCGGUCAUCACUUGAUACAAACGUUCGCUCCGUCCACGUUGGUGGUGAUGCUCUCUUGGUUUAGCUUCUGGUUAGGAUUGGAUGCAAUACCUGGUCGAGUAGCUCUAUUAGUGACUAGUAUGCUCACUUUGGUUACUAUGUUUACUGGUUUGAAAAGCGAUAUUCCUCCAGUUGCUUACGUAAAAGCAUUAGACGUUUGGAUGGCUGGUUGUAUGAUGUUCGUAUUCGCUGCUCUUGGUGAAUUCGUCGUCGUAAAAGUACUUGAUUUACGGUAUCAGUUAGAAUACGAUCUACAGAGCUCGAUAAUGUCUCGCUAUUACUCAACACGUGUAAUUGCUAUGGAAAAGGGUCAAAACGCCUGGGAUUAUGAUUCAGCAUAUACAACAAAACUAAAAAAUAAAAGGGCCAGUAGCAAGCUGCUACAAAAUACGUGGUUAGACCCUGAAUAUCCAAUGGUACGUGCACAUAGAACUAGGUCGCAAAUGAUAGAUACGUAUAGCAGAAUAGGAUUUCCCAUACUAUUCAUGCUAUUCAUAAUUUUGUACUGGCCGAUACUCCUACUUAAGAAAGCGGCAUGAAAUUACAAAUCUUUAGUUAAUUAGAAAAAGUGUAUAAACUACGUAUGUCAAGGCAUACUCAUUCUCAACAUAUGAUUAAUAAAUUUAUUCUAAACUUA